CGGCGGCGGCGGCGGCGGCAGUGGCAGUCGCCGGAGGAGCAUCAUGCCGAGGAGGAAGCAGCAGGCGCCCCGGCGCGCAGCAGCCUAUGUUUCCGAUGAGUUAAAGGCUGCCGCCCUGGUAGAGGAAGAUAUAGACCCCGAGGAGAGCACGGCAGAUGGGGAGCCCUCGGCCAAGUACAUGUGCCCGGAGAAGGAGCUCGGCAAGAGCUGCCCCAGUUACCAGAACUCCCCGGCGGCUGAGUUUUCUAGCCACGAAAUGGACAGCGAGUCCCACAUCAGUGAGACCAGUGACCGGAUGGCCGACUUUGAGAGCGGCUCCAUCAAGAACGAAGAGGAGACCAAGGAGGUGGCGGUCCCCCUGGAAGACACGACCGUGUCGGACAGCCUGGAGCAGAUGAAGGCCGUGUACAACAACUUCCUCUCCAACUCCUACUGGUCCAACCUGCACCUCAACCUGCACCAGCCGUCGUCGGAGAAGAACAAUGGCAGCAGCAGCAGCAGCAGCAGCAGCAGCAGCAGCUGCGGCAGCGGCAGCUUCGACUGGCACCAGAGUGCCAUGGCCAAGACCCUGCAGCAGGUGUCGCAGAGCCGCGUGCUGCCCGAGCCCAGCCUCUUCAGCACCGUGCAGCUGUACCGGCAGAGCAGCAAGCUCUACGGCUCCAUCUUCACGGGCGCCAGCAAGUUCCGCUGCAAGGACUGCAGCGCCGCCUAAGACACGCUGGUGGAGCUGACUGUGCACAUGAACGAGACGGGGCACUACCGUGACGACAACCACGAGACCGACAACAACAACCCCAAGCGCUGGUCCAAGCCCCGCAAACGCUCCUUGCUGGAGAUGGAGGGGAAGGAGGACGCCCAGAAGGUGUUGAAGUGCAUGUACUGCGGCCACUCUUUCGAGUCUCUCCAGGACUUGAGCGUCCACAUGAUCAAAACGAAACACUACCAAAAAGUGCCUCUGAAGGAGCCCGUCACUCCCGUCACAGCCAAAAUCAUCCCUGCCGCCCGGAAGAAGGCUUCACUGGAACUGGAGCUCCCCAGCUCCCCGGAUUCCACGGGCGGGACCCCCAAGGCUGUGAUGUCGGACACCAACGAUGUGCUUCAGAAGAACUCCAACCCCUACAUCACGCCAAAUAACCGGUACGGCCACCAGAAUGGGGCCAGCUACGCGUGGCACUUUGAAGCCCGGAAGUCCCAGAUCCUAAAGUGCAUGGAGUGCGGCAGCUCCCACGAUACCCUGCAGGAGCUCACCGCCCACAUGAUGGUCACCGGCCACUUCAUCAAGGUCACGAACUCAGCCAUGAAGAAGGGGAAGCCCAUCAUGGAGACGCCCGUCACGCCCACCAUCACAACCCUGCUGGACGAGAAGGUGCAGUCCGUGCCCCUGGCUGCCACCACCUUCACGUCUCCCGCCAACACCCCCGCCAGUGUCUCCCCGAAACUGAAUGUGGAGGUCAAGAAGGAGGUCGACAAGGACAAGGUGGUCCCCGACGAGAAGCCCAAGGAAAAGGAGAAGCCCUGUGAAGAAGAGGAGAAAUACGACAUCUCUUCCAAGUACCACUAUUUGACUGAGAACGACUUAGAGGAGAGUCCCAAGGGGGGACUGGAUAUCCUGAAGUCCCUGGAGAACACCGUGACGUCUGCCAUCAACAAGGCACAGAAUGGCACUCCCAGCUGGGGGGGCUACCCCAGCAUCCACGCUGCCUACCAGCUCCCCAACAUGAUGAAGCUGUCCCUGGGCUCGUCGGGGAAGAGCACGGCCCUGAAACCCAUGUUCGGCAACAGCGAGAUUGUGUCUCCCACGAAAAACCAGACCCUGGUCUCUCCUCCCAGCAGCCAGACCUCGCCCAUGCCCAAGACAAACUUUCACGCCAUGGAGGAGCUGGUGAAGAAGGUCACUGAGAAAGUCGCCAAAGUGGAAGAGAAGAUGAAGGAGCCAGAGGGCAAGCUAUCUCCGCCAAAGCGAGCCACCCCGUCACCGUGCAGCAGCGAAAUCAGUGAGCCCAUCAAGAUGGAGGCGUCCAGUGACGGGGGCUUCAAAAGCCAGGAAGACAGCCCCAGUCCCCAGCGGGACGGCUGCAAGGAGGGGAGCCCCCCGGCAGAGCCGGUGGAGAAUGGCAAGGAGCUGGUGAAGCCCAUGAGCAGUGGCCUGAGCAGCAGCACGGCCAUCAUCACCGACCACCCGCCCGAACAGCCUUUCGUUAACCCUCUGAGCGCCCUUCAGUCGGUCAUGAACAUCCACCUGGGCAAGGCCGCCAAGCCCUCCCUGCCUGCCCUUGACCCCAUGAGCAUGCUUUUCAAGAUGAGCAAUAGCCUGGCCGAGAAGGCGGCGGUGGCCACGCCUCCGCCCCUGCAGUCCAAGAAGGCGGACCACCUCGACCGCUAUUUCUACCACGUCAACAACGACCAGCCCAUAGACUUGACAAAAGGGAAGAGUGACAAGGGCUGCUCUUUGGGUUCAGUGCUUUUGUCACCCACGUCCACAUCCCCGGCAACCUCCUCAUCCACGGUGACAACGGCAAAGACAUCUGCCGUCGUAUCAUUCAUGUCAAAUUCGCCGCUACGCGAGAAUGCCUUGUCAGAUAUAUCCGAUAUGCUGAAGAACUUGACAGAGAGCCACACGUCAAAGUCCUCCACUCCUUCCAGCAUCUCCGAGAAGUCUGACAUUGACGGGGCCACUCUGGAGGAGGCCGAGGAGGCAACGCCCGCGCAGAAGAGGAAGGGCCGCCAGUCAAACUGGAACCCCCAGCAACUGCUGAUCCUCCAGGCCCAGUUUGCCGCCAGCCUCCGGCAGACCUCCGAGGGGAAGUACAUCAUGUCAGACCUGAGCCCCCAGGAGCGCAUGCACAUCUCGAGGUUCACCGGGCUCUCCAUGACCACCAUCAGCCACUGGCUGGCCAACGUGAAAUACCAGCUUCGAAGGACAGGUGGAACAAAGUUCCUCAAAAACUUGGACACCGGCCACCCCGUGUUCUUUUGUAAUGACUGUGCGUCGCAAAUCAGGACUCCUUCCACGUACAUCAGUCACUUGGAGUCACACCUGGGCUUCCGGCUCCGGGACUUGUCCAAACUGUCCACCGAACAGAUUAACAAUCAAAUAGCACAAACCAAGUCGCCCUCAGAAAAAUUGGUGACAUCCUCCCCGGAGGAGGACCUGGGGACCUCCUACCAGUGCAAACUUUGCAAUCGGACCUUUGCGAGCAAGCAUGCCGUUAAACUUCACCUUAGCAAAACACACGGGAAAUCCCCAGAAGACCACCUUCUGUACGUUUCUGAGUUAGAGAAGCAGUAGCAUUUGCUUUUGAUUAAAAUGACUGUAAUUUGCUUUGAGGGAAACUGUUGCAGGCACCUUAAGGCCCUUCUGUCUUGUUCUUGGCACAUGUUCUUAUUUUAACUGCAGAGAAUCACUCUGGGCAGGACUGUUUUGUAUAACUGUACAGUGUUUAAUAGAGGUGCAUAAUCAGCUGUUGUUACUGGUAAAAUAUGAAGGUUAAGACGCAGUGGUAAGUGUUUGGAACUUUGUGUAAAUGGGAUUUAGUUGUGAGCAUCCCCCGAUGCUUCAAGCUGCAUGCAUUAACAGACAGUUUAAUUAAGCAUUUAUAACGAAAUCGGGCACACUUUUUCCACGCGGCUCGAGUGUGCUGGCAUUUCUCACCCUUUCAUCUUUAGCCCUCUGAGUACUUUGAAGCACUUUUGCAUUAAUUUGGUUAAAAAAUAAAAUAAAAGAAUAAUAAUGUAUGAAAGCUCUGUUUUUUAAACUCCUUACCAGCUUAGUUAUAAUUAAUAAUAUGAACCUCCAUUUAUGCAGGUCUGCAGGGGUAUAUAACACGCCUUGAAAUUUAAAAGAAUAUUAUUUUCACAUUGAAACAUAGAUGUAUAUAUUGUAUAGAUUUCAGACUCUCUUAUGAAAAAUGUGAUUGUGGUUAAAAAUGACCUUUUUUCCUGCAUUUAUAGCAACAGUGUUUUAUGUACCUGCUAUGCUCUGGGCAUAAACCGUGCCUAUGUAUAGUGUAUAUUUCUUUUUCUUUUUUUUUUAAGUCUAUGGGUUUUGUUUGUUUUUUUUUUACAUGCAAACAUUGUAAAUUAUACAGAAGAUACCACAGAUAGCAUUUAUAAAGUAUACAGAAACAUUAUCUGAAAGCAAAGUAUGAUUCUCUGUUUUGCUAUACAGUACAUCUAUAUUGAUAGAGGUUCAUGUUUAAAUUAUACAUAUUUAUUAGCAUCAUGUUAUCAUUUGUUUUGAGCAGUCUGAAUAAACGAGGCCAGGAAAUACAUCCGUGGCGGGCAUCAUAAAUAUUUUGCACAUGAUUUUUAAAGGUAUUUAUUAGAAGUCCAAGAACGCUCAAAAUAAACUCAGUGCUCAAAGGGUUAAGUCUAUUUGAAAAGGCAAAAAAAAAAAAAAA